UCCACGGCUUAUCUCUGCUCAUCCAAGGCCCAACCGCCGCGCUGCAGACGCGAUCGGCGAAGCAGCGGCAGAAUGGCGCGCGUCCGCUGCCUCCUCGGCUUUCUCUCUUUGCUCCUCUUAGUGAUCUCGUUGCCCGCCACCACCGGCCGGGUGCUCGUGGCCAGCGGCGCUGCGGCGGUUGAGUCACGGCGCUACGCCGUAAUAUUCGACGCCGGGAGCACGGGGAGCAGAGUCCAUGUCUACUGCUUCGACGACGGGUUGGAGCUCGUCCAUAUAGGGUCCGACAUUGAGCUCUUCGUUAAGGUAAAACCAGGGUUAAGUGCAUAUGCCGAUGAUCCUCAAGCAGCUGCAAACUCACUUCUUCCGUUGUUGGAAAAAGCUGUAGGCGUGAUUCCGGAGGAGUUGAGGAACAAAACACCUAUUAGAGUGGGGGCUACAGCAGGUUUGAGAUCUCUGGGAACAGAUAAGUCCAACCAAAUUUUGCAAGCAGUCAGGGAUCUUCUUCGAGAAAAGAGCUCACUAGAACUUGUGGAUGAUUGGGUCACUGUUCUUAGUGGAUAUCAAGAAGGAUCUUAUCUCUGGGUCGCCAUAAACUAUUUGUUAGGGCACUUGGGCAACAAAUAUUCUGAAUCAAUUGGAGUGGUUGAUCUGGGUGGUGGUUCUGUUCAAAUGGCUUAUGCCAUCUCUGAGAAGGCUGCUGCUAAUGCUCCAAAUGUCCCAAGUGGAGAGGAAACAUAUGUCAAGGAACUCUUCCUUCAAGGAGCCAAAUACUACUUAUAUGUUCAUAGCUAUUUGAACUAUGGACUAUUGGCUGCUCGAGCCCAAAUCCUAAAAGUUGCUACUAAAUCAUACAGUUACUGCAUUCUGGGUGGCUACAAUGGGGUGUAUGACUAUGAUGGAGAGCUCUACAAUGCUUCAUCUUCCCCUUCGGGCUCUAGCUUCACCAAAUGUAGGAAUGAAGUGAUCAAGGCCCUCAAAAUUGAUGAACCAUGCAAAUAUUCAAGUUGUACAUUUGGAGGGGUGUGGAAUGGAGGCGGUGGAGCUGGGCAGAAAACUCUGUAUGGUGCAUCAUAUUUCUUUGAUAGACCUUCUGAUGUGGGUUUCGUAGACCCUGCUGCAACUUCUGCCCUGGCUAAACCUUCAGACUUCAUGGAAGCUGCCAAGCAUGCAUGCAAAGUGACCAUGAACACCGUAGAAACCAAGUAUCCUAAUGUUCGCAAGAAUGAUUUGCCAUAUGUAUGCAUGGAUCUCAUCUACCAGUACACCUUGCUCGUGAAUGGGUUUGGCUUGAAGCCACGGCAAAACAUCACACUCGUAAGGCAGGUUCGAUAUGGUGAUUCUGAUUUCUUUGGAGAGGCGGCAUGGCCCUUGGGAAGUGCCAUUGAAGCUGUGACAUCGGAAAAGAUCAAUCUCAAGCAGUUUUAGUUGCUGGAGCCUGCCAUGAACACUACUUCUUUGGAUCUAGAGCUGGUGAUUGAAGGUUUGCUUUAAAUAAACUUCAGCUUUCUGCCAUUUGAGAAUAAGAAACAUUGGAAUAUCACUAAAUUUCAAUCAGAUCGUCUUCUGUUUCUUCGCUAAGCUAGCAAUUUUAUGAGUGCCAACUUUCUCU